AUGGCCUCAUCCUUGGAGGAACAGGAAAUUGACGCUCUGGAUGAUUUCCCCACAGUGGCCCUCUACAUCCCCUCCUCAGAUGAGGAGGAUGAUAUUUGUUCCACUAAAGGAGAUAUAAAAUCACUCCUGAAAGAGUUGAAGCAAGUACUGGUUACAGAGGUGGGAAAAGUGAGUGGAGAAGUGUGCAUCCUUGAAUGCCGAGUGAAGGAGGUGGAAAGAGAGGUGACGGAGUUCCAGCAAUUCAAGAUCGACACCACAGACAGCCUCACAGGUCUCAGGGAAAUCUGUGAUUCUCUGCAGGCCAGGAUUGCUUCACUAGAAGACAGCAGCCGCCGCAAAGAUUAG